UAGUAAACCCUGCCUCUUUCUUCCUCAAAACAAAAUCGCACAAUUUUAAAGCGAGUCGACAACUUGUUUUUCGUCUCUAUCUCAAUUCUCGAAGCUUCUAUUAGAUUUCUCUUCACGCUUUCUCUUUCACUUCAACUUCAACAUCUCAUCGCAAUGGAUGCUGCAAAGAUGUACGGUGCUGUGUUGGCAUGCACGGAUGAAGCAGUUCUUCCUGUUAGUCAAGUGUUUGAUGCGAUUAGAGAACUUGGGAAUGAAGGGGUUGAGAAAUUGGAUCCUCUUGUCAUCACAUCUGCAUCAUCACUCAGCAAGUUUCCAGUGGAAUCUUCCUCUGUGGAUUUGGUCGUUUUAAUCUGGAAGUCUCUUGAUUUUCCUAUCGACCAACUGACUCAAGAAGUCCUCAGAGUGCUAAAAGCUGGUGGGACAACUCUUAUUCACAAGUCCUCCCAAUCUGCUGUGGGUUCAGGUGAUAAGAUGAUACCUGAUCUUGAAAACAAGUUAUUAUUGGCAGGAUUUUCAGAAAUACAGGCUUUACAAUCUUCUGUGAUCAAAGCUAAAAAGCCUUCAUGGAAAAUUGGUUCAUCUUUUGCACUAAAGAAGUUUGUGAAAAGUUCACCCAAGGUGCAAAUUGAUUUUGAUUCAGAUCUGAUUGAUAAAAAUAGUCUUUUGUCUGAAGAAGAUUUGAAGAAACCUGAACUGCCAUCUGGGGAUUGUGAAAUCGGACCUACAAGAAAGGCCUGCAAAAAUUGCUCAUGUGGAAGGGCAGAAGAAGAGGAGAAAGUGUUGAAGUUAGGAUUGACAGCAGAACAGAUUAAUAAUCCUCAAUCAGCUUGUGGCAGUUGUGGGUUAGGGGAUGCGUUUAGGUGCAGUACCUGCCCUUACAAGGGACUGCCUGCCUUCAAAAUGGGCGAGACGAUGGGAGAAGGUGCGGAAUACAAGAGCGGUUUGAAGAAGGCGAAGGUGUUGAAAGCAUUAUUGGAGGAUCCAAUACUCGCAGAUGUACCGAAGAAUCCAACCCUGGAAGAUGUGGAAACUCUCAUUGGACUCGAAUUGGGUAGUGCAAUGCGAAUUACAGUUUUGAAAUUGGAUACAACCUCGUUUGAUGUGAUUCUAAUGAAUACGGCAACGCUCAAGGAUUUGAAACUUGCUAUCAAGAAGAAGGUUAAUUACAUGGAACAAUCUAGUAUGGGUCACCGCCAUAUUUCUUGGAGAAGUGUUUGGGCUAAUUAUUGUUUGUCAUUCGAUAACAACAAGCUCCUUAACGAUGAUGAUGUGCUUCAAAAUUUGGGCGUUCGGAAUAAUUCUCAGAUACAUUUUGUAUGCAGAUACAUUUUUGUCCCGUAUGUCAUGACAAAAGAAUCUAGAAGACACUCAAAAAGGAGAAAGCAUCGGUUUUUUCAUGGCCUUAGUAAGCUUUCCUGAUCAACAAAAGCUGUAAUGUAAUAGACAAAUAAUGUGUCUGAAAUUGAGUCUAUUGACAGAUAGCGAUCAUACUACACUUCCUAUCUGUCAGUAGACUCAAUUUCAGACACAUUAUAUGGAGUCACCCGGCAUUCUCCCAUGGUAUUAGGUUUAAACUCAGCAACAACAGGCAAGCCCCAAUCCAUCUCCAACAUAAUUGUUAUCAGCUUCCCAGCAUAUUGGUAAAUUUUUUGUCCCAUUUCCAUGGUGCACAGUCUAAGACUUACCUGCCACCGAAAUAUUAUCGAAAAAACAGAAGCCCGUAGCUUUGUCGAGUUCGGCAUGAUGCCCCGACGACAAAAAUAGACACAGCAGAUUAAACAGAUUAAAUAGUUACGCGUAUCGAGCGGUGAUGUCACCAGACUCAAGCAGGUCCCAAAUGGCAGAGACACGAUCAAGUUUUUUCUUGUAAAUUGGAAAAUGUGUGUAUUAUAACUAAUAAGGGUUCUUCAUUUUUUUAAUUGCAUGUAUUGUCAUCAAAAAAAAUUGUGUGUUGCAUAUUAUUUUGGUUAUAAUGAGAAAUGCGUAUAAAAAAAUUCAACAUUUUUUA